AUGGGAAUCUUUGCUUUGCUGAAGAUCAGCAUUGCCCGUGAUUCAUUGAAACUCUUAAAUGAGUAUCUGAAGUUCAAUACUCGGCUGGAAGAAUCCAGGGUCGAAUUGGAAUUCCUCAAUGAAUGCGUGCAGGCAAACCGCUAUCCAAAGCACUUUUGGAAGGAAAUACGGCGGUGUGGCCUCUACCCAAACGCAAAAACCUUGAAGAGACAUGCACUCAAUUAUGUGGAUACCAUCCGCGUUAAGAUGUCGGAGCUGGAGAGAUUCAUUUCGCAAAGAUUAACAGCUGUGUUAUGCCUGCCUGAAGACUUGAGACAGCCUUUUGAGGAUUAUGUAGAACUGGUUAAACAGAAAAUGGGAGUAAGGAAACAAAAGAAGUUAGUUAGUACGCUUAAUAGCCAUGUCCCCCAGUUGACAUUUCCGAAUAACCCGCAGCGAUAUGUGUUUAACCUUUCAAGUGUGAUACUAACCCAGACGCAGCUGAACGUGUUGUCAUUAGGUCUAAAGUUUUGCAUACCAUGUAAGAAAAUAGAUCAGGCGGCUUUAGAGGUGCAGUUUGAAAGCCUAAUUGCUCAGACUAAAGACCUGCUUCCAACCUCAUCAAGUGAUGUUGAGAAUCUAAAAUCUAG